UUCACUAACCCAAGUUCACUCUUCAGGCACAAGCUAUAAGAGAACCCAAAAUACAGAGUCCAUCAGCAAAGCAAUUGCUCAGUACACUGAGGAUGCUCGCCUCCAUGCCGUCUUCGAGCAAUCCGGCGAGUCUGGUAAGUCUUUUGAUUACUCACAGUCCAUAAAAACCAGCAUCCAGUCGGUUCCCGAGCAGCAGAUUUCGGCCUACCUGUUGAGAAUUCAAAGGGGCGGGUAUAUUCAGCCCUUUGGUUGCAUGAUUGCCGUAGAUGAACCCACUUUUCGGAUUCUUGGAUACAGUGAAAACGCGCGGGAUUUGCUGGGCAUCACUCCUCAAUCGGUUCCAAACCUUGAAAAAUCUGAAGCUCUCACGAUUGGAGCUGAUGUUCGCACGCUUUUUACUCCCUCAAGUGCGGUGCUACUCGAAAAGGCCUUUGGGGCUCGGGAAAUCACACUGUUAAACCCCAUUUGGAUUCAUUCGAAGAAUUCAGGGAAACCCUUUUAUGCAAUUUUGCACAGAAUUGACGUGGGAAUUGUGAUUGAUUUGGAACCCGCCAGAACAGAGGACCCUGCCCUUUCCAUUGCUGGGGCAGUGCAGUCUCAGAAGUUGGCGGUGCGUGCAAUCUCGCAGUUGCAGUCGCUUCCUGGUGGAGAUAUUCAGCUUUUGUGUGAUACUGUAGUUGAGAGUGUUAGAGAACUGACUGGAUAUGAGCGGGUAAUGGUUUAUAAAUUUCAUGAGGAUGAACAUGGAGAGGUUGUUGCUGAGAGUAAGAGGCCAGACUUGGAUCCUUAUAUCGGUUUGCACUACCCUGCUACUGAUAUUCCCCAGGCUUCAAGGUUCUUGUUCAAGCAGAAUCGGGUUAGGAUGAUUGUGGAUUGUCAUGCCACUCCUGUUAAGGUAAUUCAGGAUGAAGCGCUUAUGCAGCCGCUAUGCUUAGUUGGAUCAACCCUUCGUGCCCCCCAUGGGUGUCAUGCGCAGUAUAUGGCCAAUAUGGGAUCGAUAGCUUCACUGGCAAUGGCAGUCAUAAUCAAUGGGAACGAAGAGGAAGCUGUUGGUGGUCGUAACUCAAUGAGGCUUUGGGGCCUGGUUGUUUGUCAUCAUACUUCUGCUAGAUGCAUUCCUUUCCCUCUGCGCUAUGCUUGUGAGUUCCUUAUGCAGGCCUUUGGGCUUCAGCUGAAUAUGGAACUUCAAUUGGCAUCACAGCUAUUAGAAAAACGUGUUUUAAGGACACAGACCCUCUUGUGUGACAUGUUACUUCGGGACUCUCUUACUGGCAUUGUUACUCAGAGCCCUAAUAUUAUGGACCUUGUGAAAUGUGAUGGAGCGGCUCUCUACUACCAAAAUAACUACUACCCAUUAGGUGUCACCCCAACUGAGUUCCAGAUAAAGGAUAUCAUAGAGUGGUUGUUGGCCAGCCACGGAGACUCAACAGGUCUAAGUACUGAUAGUCUGGCUGAUGCUGGGUAUCCUGGGGCUGUUUCUCUUGGUGAUGCGGUAUGUGGGAUGGCUGUUGCUUAUAUUACAGACAGGGCUUAUCUUUUCUGGUUCAGAUCCCAUACAGCGAAAGAGAUCAAAUGGGGUGGUGCAAAGCAUCACCCAGAGGACAAGGAUGAUGGACAGAGAAUGAAUCCACGUUCUUCAUUCAAGGCAUUUCUAGAAGUGGUAAAAAGCCGUAGUCUGCCCUGGGACAAUGCAGAAAUGGAUGCUAUACAUUCCUUGCAGCUUAUCUUGCGAGAUUCAUUUAGAGAUGCUGAGCAAAACAAUUCUAAGGCUGUUGUGCAUUCCCAGCUUCAUAAUCUGGAAUUGCAAGGGGUGGAUGAGCUGAGUUCUGUGGCCAGGGAAAUGGUUAGAUUGAUAGAGACUGCUACUGCUCCCAUAUUUGCUGUAAACGUUGAUGGCUGCAUAAAUGGCUGGAAUGCAAAGGCUGCAGAAUUGACAGGACUCUCAGUUGAUGAAGCUAUGGGGAAGUCUUUGAUACAUGAUAUUGUGUAUAAAGAAUCUGAAGAAACCGUAGACAAGCUUCUUUCUCGUGCUUUAAGAGGUAGUCUUUCUAAAACUAUUUCUCUAUAAAACGUUGAAAUAAAAAUGAGGACGUUUGGCCCUGAACAUGACAAGAAGGCAGUUUAUAUUGUGGUGAAUGCUUGCUCCAGCAAGGAUUAUACAAAUCAUAUCGUUGGAGUAUGCUUUGUUGGUCAAGAUGUUACUGGUCAAAAAGUAGUAAUGGACAAAUUCAUUAACAUACAAGGUGACUACAAGGCUAUUGUACACAGUCCAAAUCCAUUGAUCCCUCCUAUUUUUGCAUCGGAUGAUAACACAUGCUGCUCAGAGUGGAACACUGCAAUGGAAAAUCUUACAGGAUGGAAGCGUGAGGAAAUCAUUGGGAAAAUGCUGGUAGGAGAGGUUUUUGGUAGUUUCUGUCGACUAAAGGGCCAAGAUUCUCUGACCAAGUUCAUGAUUGUGCUGCACAAUGCCCUUGGUGGACAGGAUACGGAUAAAUUUCCCUUUUCAUUUCUUGAUAAGAAUGGAAAAUAUGUGCAGGCACUCCUGACUGCUAAUAAGAGGAUAAACAUGGAUGGUCAGAUCAUUGGGGCAUUCUGCUUCUUGCAAAUUGCAAGUCCUGAACUUCAACAGGCUCUGAAAAUCCAGAGACAACAGGAGAAGAAAUGCUUUGCUAGGAUGAAAGAAUUAGCUUACAUUUGUCAAGAAAUAAAGAAUCCUUUGAAUGGCAUACGCUUUACAAACUCUCUUCUGGAAGCUACAGACUUGACUGAUGAUCAAAAGCAGUUUCUUGAGACCAGUACUGCUUGUGAGAAGCAGAUGUUGAAGAUAAUACGUGAUGUAGAUUUGGAGAGCAUUGAUGAUGGGUCCUUGGAGCUUGAGAAGGGGGAAUUUUUACUUGGAAGUGUCAUCAAUGCAGUUGUUAGCCAAGUGAUGAUAUUGCUGAGAGAAAGAAAUUUACAGUUGAUCCGUGAUAUUCCUGAAGAAAUCAAGACCUUUGCUGUAUAUGGUGAUCAAUCAAGGAUUCAACAGGUCUUGGCUGAUUUCUUAUUGAAUAUGGUGCGCUAUGCACCAUCUCCAGAUGGUUGGGUAGAGAUUCAUGUUUUUCCGAGAAUAAGACAAAUUUCUGACGGACUUACUCUUCUUCAUACUGAAUUCAGGAUGGUAUGUCCCGGUGAAGGUCUUCCUGCUGAAUUGAUUCAAGACAUGUUCAAUAGCAACCUGUGGGUAACUCAAGAAGGCUUAGGGCUGAGCAUGUGCAGGAGGAUUCUAAAGCUAAUGAGCGGUGAAGUCCAAUAUAUUAGGGAGUCAGAACGAUGCUACUUCUUAGUAAUUAUUGAGCUGCCCAUGACACGGAAAGAUUCUAAAAAUGUGAACUAGGUACUUUGCAAUCUCUCAUGUUGACUUUUAGAUAUGUCCUUGGUCAUACUCUCAAGAGUAUGAAGCUCACCUAUCGAGGGACUUAGGGGCUUGCAUUUGAGCAAAAGCUGAUUUGGCUUGUUAUCCGGAUCUGAUGCUGUAAUUCUACUGCCAAUAGGAUUUUUAUUCAGGCCUCCGCCCUGACCAGACAUGUUUGGUGCAGCAACCCGGCUAGCGACUAGUAAAUUUAUAGCCUAUGUAACCUUAAGAAUCUCAUAGAGUUAUGGCGGAGUGUAAAAAAAGUUGUGCUGCCAUUUUGUGUACAUCUUCAUGAUCAAGUGGGUUUCCUGUGAAACUGUUGCUCAUGAGUCCAUAAUUAGCAGUUGCUGUGGAUUCCAUGGUCAGGGCUCAGGAUUGAACUUCAUCCUUAUCCUGCCAUUGUUUAGUCAUGUAACUACUUAUAGUUAUACUAUGUGUUUUUCUUGAAUUCGCGAAUAAUUGUAAAAUCUUUGCCUGCUGAAA